AUGGACGGAAACAUGGCCCUGACAGGCCCUGAUCUGACCUACGACCUCGACUCUAGAAAUCCAGCCUAUUUCCGACAUCAGGCGUGGUCAAUCGAUCAGAUGCCUCCCCAACGGCAAGACCCGAGAAGAAACAUCUCUCCCAUCGAGACCACCACACAUGGCCUUCGACAAACAACCAUGGCCGAACAUCCCAUGAUGGGUACCUGGCGGUUCGACCAGCAACAACAGACCAUCGAUUUCCAGGCUCAGCAGACCGCGUUCGAUAUGCAAUACGAUCCUCGGUUCCACAACCUCCAGUUGCAUCACUCACAGUUGGCCAUGAUGCCUGUAUCACAAGCUCCCAUCUCCUCUGGUCUUCCUAUGGAGCCAUCCUACCUACACAUGGACCAGGGCAUCGAUGGCAUGCCUCAGAAUUGGCAAGAUUUCCAGACCGAAUUGAUCAACUACACGACAACCGACUUUGGUCCUGCCGUGUCUCCAUACCAACAAUUGACAAACUCACCCACAGGGUCUCACCUCGAGGUUUUGUCACAGCCCAGCUCCUGCGAUGAAAAUGCCUGGACCAUGGUAGAUCAUCGAACCUCAUUCGAGUCCUAUGAGGCCCACUUCUUUGUCGAUCCCACCCACACGAUACACAACCGAACACUCUCAGAGUCCUCCUACUCGGACCUUGAACCUCAUGGCAAUGGUGUAUUCAUGGGUAAUCUCGAUAUGACAAACACUCAAGCCGUCUAUUCCCCAACAAGUUUGUCAGAUAGUGACUACGAAUGCUCAGGCCAUAACCAUGGCCACCGACUAUCUAUCGACUUAGGUACCACCUCCAUCAGUGUCAACCCUUCCGCUCUAGUCAGACCUAUCCCUAUUCCUCCAGCCAGGUCGUCGGCUCCAUCCAUUCGAUCUCCUGGCUCUCAAGGUUCUGCAGGAUCACCGGGCCGGAAAUCGUCGCGAAAGAGCCCCAUCGCAGCGAAGUCGACCGACAAAGUGAUGAAGAAGACCCCGCCUGCAGCUAAAGUUGAAGGAGAAAAGCGGGUCGGCCGGAGGAAGGGUCCUCUACGACCAGAACAGCGCAAACAAGCGAGUGAAAUCCGGAAGCUCAGAGCAUGCUUACGUUGCAAGUUCUUGAAGAAAACAUGCGACAAGGGUGAACCAUGUGCUGGUUGCCAACCUUCUCAUGCACGAUUGUGGCAAGUCCCAUGUACCCGCAUUGACAUCAAGGAGAUCGGGUAUUUCCUAAAAGAUUGGAAGUUUGAUUAUGAGAGACAUGUCUCCCUUGGCUUCUCGGUUGGAAAUAUCAAGGGAUUCGCCGACACUGAAGAGACACUUUUCAUUACCCAUGGAUAUGGCCACAUGCUUCCUGUUACUGCCCGUGAAGUAUAUGUCCGUGAUGAUUCCUGCCUCAAGAUGGAUUGGAUUGAAGCCAACGACCAGUCUCCUGAAGGAUACGAAAUCUCCACCGCCAGGCUGUCCGCCGGUAUGGAAGGCAUCUCGACCACCAUGUUGAGUGAUUAUCUGGACCGACACAUUGAUGGAAGUGGAACAUUUGAGAAGUUUGUCGACGACUACUUUGAGGGUACACCAUUCCUCUCACAAAUGCUCAAGACUGCAUAUCGAUUCUACUUCCGGACUGGAUCCAAGAUCAUCAAGAAGGCGUUGAAGCUCAUGCUUGCCUAUAACCUCACGCUGCAUGUGACUAUGGUUGAAGGCGUACCUGUCGAAAAGAAUCUUGCAGGAAGAAUCGAAGAAGAAACCUCCAAGUUCUUCGGCAAGACCAUGGCUCCCGUCAUGAUCAACUUCCAGAUCAAGUGCGCCAUGGCGGAUAUGUGGCGUGAGCUACACAAAGACGUGCUCGAAGAAUUAUCGAGCCUGUACUCAAGUGUGUACAGCGGCGACAAACUCAAGAAUUGGCCUACCAUCUUCAUAUUGGCAUCUGUCUUGUUGGCUGUGUGGGAGUGCAUGCAAUUCGACUGCCAUUACCGUGUACCCGAUGCCGUUGCCGUGGACAAAUUCUGCAAUGAUAUGGAGACCACUCCUGUCGGAGUUGUCGUUGGCUUGUUCCAAGCCAUUUCACAGAAGCUACCAUCGUUCCUCGAAUGGGACACGAGCAAACACCACACUUUGCUCGGUUCCAAUGCCGAUGUAUGCAGUGCGAUGACCGAAGUGCGCGAACAUGUUACGAGAUAUGAAAACUACCUGCGUGGACGACCCAAUGCCAAAUUUGAACGAAAGGAUUUUGACUCCUUGUCGAACAAGUUUUUGGCCAAGUUGGUGAUCCGAGCCAAUUGA